AUGGACAUUGACGACAUCCUGCGCGAGGUCGACCCCAGUCUCGACCCCAUCACCGGCCAGGAAACGCACGACCUCCAGGCCCUCACACGAGCUUGGAUUGCUGAGCGUUCGGCGCCAGAGCUACUAGCUCCGAGUGUCGGCAAUGGCGGCGGGGUGCUGACCGAAGCGGGGAUUGUUUCCGGACAAUGGCCCGUUGGCUUGUUUGAACGCGUAAACCAACGUAUCACACACCAAAUUGAAACCGUCGAGGACAUGACUGGUGACAUGGACCCCAAGACCAACUUUGCCCUUAUCGUCAUCCAAACCGAGCUCGAGCGCUACAAGUACCUCGUCCGCAGCUACUUGCGUGCGCGUAUCGCCAAGAUUGACAAACACACACUGCACUACCUGUCCACACCUGACCUGCGCGAACGCAUGUCCGACACGGAGCUGGCCUACGCCACGCGCCAUCAAGCCUUGCUGCACAAUCACUACCUGUCGUCCUUUCUCGGCGCGUUCCCACCGAACCUGCAGAACCUCAACGACACCGCCGGCAACAUCAGCAUGAUUGACAGCCCGGAUCUCGACGGUGCCGUCUUUGUGCGUCUGUUGCGUGACGGCGCCGUCCGGGGCCGUGGCGUCGACGUCGACGAGAUCGUCAAAGGCGAGGACGGGGACGUGCUGAUUCUGCGGUGGUCAGAUGCCAAGCCGCUCGUCGAGGCGGGCGACGCCGAGCUUGUAUGA